AGUCCAUUAUGCCAUAAUUUAUGGUGCACUUCUCGCAGCUAUCCGGCAGCACCGCCUCAAAGACCAGGUUCGCUCCGCUGCCACGCUCGUCGCUCAUUCCCGAAUCGGAAGCAUCGAUCAGCUUCAGCCCCGACCGUUGCGACGUCAAGAAACGGCCAAAAAUUCCGCUCUGAGUCAGAGUCUGAACGGUCUCUCUGCAGUUCUCACUCCUCCUCCAGCUCGGUAUGUUCCAGUUCUACGCGUCCGACGGCCCCAAGCUCGACGAAAAAUCGACCGAUAUUGAGCGCCACCGCGCUCGUCAUCGCCGCAUGUGCCGCGGACAACAGCCGGACGCAACGCCCAGUCCACAGGUCGAGGACUUGGACAUGGACGACGGACGGACACGCAAGAUCUCGGCCAAGUGGCGACAGCAAACUCAACAACAGCAAGUUCCAGUCAGCAACCAGUUCCACGACGCGGAGAUGCAUUUUGGCUUCAACGCCUUCGACUUCUCAGCGUCGCCUGAAGCUUUCCACGAAGCAGAAGAGCAGCAAACGGAAAGUAAAGCUCCUCCUUGUCAGAACAACCAGGAUGCCACUGAUAAGAACGCAAGUUUAUGGGAACGAAGAUUCCCAGAUCAUCGACAGCCUGGAAAUCCAGUCAAACAACUACCGACGUUAGGGCAGGACGCACUAUGGGGAGGUCGCGUGCACUACAUAACACAGGACGCACAACGACAAGCUCUAUACUACCAGCCACAAUACUACGCAUAAACUUCAUCACCUAACUGUAACAUACCUAAAUGAAGACCUAAAGGGAAGAUACAUUCAUUUAAGGCAUUUUCUCGCCUACUCAGCGUUAACGAGGGC